AUGACAGAGAACUACUUGGAUCGCCCUAUACAAACACAUGACACCUACAAGGUUUGCUCCCACGGACCCGUCGAAAUCUACUAUAUUCCGAACAAAGAAGCCCAUCCUGAAAAUAAAUUCGCUUUUCAGCACGCAUCGAGCAGGAAUUUCUAUACGGCCGAGAUUUCUGUUAUUUUGUUGAAUUGUCUUGAUCAGUCAGUUCAAAGCUGCUGGGAACCUCUAAUGUGUUCGACAGCAACCUGUUAUACGAGAGUGAUUUGCCAGUCUGACGUGCCGGUUUUUAUACCAACAACGGCCAAUGUUUGGGUAGAGGGGAAAAAUGUUAAUCUUUACAUACCACUGUCUAGCCGAGUUAUUCUGGAACAAGACGAGAACGAAAGCAAAGUGCGAACUAAACCACGAUCACCUGAUAUACCCGAAGAAGGAAUUGUUGUCAUAUAUGCGGCAGAUAUGCGUAAAUUCAAUGAAUGGGUCCAGGUUGUGGUUACCGACAAUAUGACGGUCUACUGCCAAGGUGGAAACUCUGUGUAUUUUUCAAAAACAUCUUCGGCUACGGUUUUUCAAGUGUUAAAAAAUGUCGUUUAA